UUUGCCUGGUCUUUAAGAUUUUGGAUCAAAGUGAUUUUGCUAUCAUAUACCUUAUUGGUGUCUUGCUUUGUAGGAUCAUCAACUUUGUCACGACUUCUAGACCUGCCUCCAAGCAAUCCAGGAGCUGCACUGCCCAGACUACCUGAUAUUAGUGGACCAGUAACUGAGACUAAAGAUGAGGACAGUAGUGGAGAUUCCACAUCACAAAAGAAUGAGGAAGAAAAAAAGGAAGAUAGUAAAGACUGCCCAAAUGUAGAAGAGAUCAGAGAGAAAGAGCAGAAACCUAAGGCAGAUGAAGUACCUAAGGAAGAUGAUACUACAGAAGAAAUGGAGGUGGAAGAGAGCAAGGAAGGCAAAGUUGAAGAUAUCAAAAUGGAAAUGCAAACUGAGGAAAACAAAGGUGAACAAGAACUCCAAGAAGAACAGACAGAGAAAGCUGAAAAAAAUGAAUCACUGAAGGAAGAAAAGGAAAAAGUGGAGAGCAAAGAGACAGAAGAGGUAAUGGAGACGCAGUUCAUAGUACAAGAAAAAGCAGAAGAGAAAGUGAAAGAAUCAGAGCAUCAUGAACAAGAAGAAAAAGAGAAGCAGGUCCAGCAGGAUUCGGAGCAAGAAGUUUCUUCAAGCAAGGAGUUGGAACAUCCUGCAAAGCGCCCAGGUCAUCGUGGCCGCAAGAAAACUAAUAACACUGUUUUGUCACCCCAAAGCACCACCAUCACCACAACCACCACCACCACUACUACCACCACCACCACCACUCCCAAGUGCAGUGAACCUGCAAAAGAUGUGAAGGGAGACAUCUCUCUUGAGGACAAAGGGGAUGUAAAGAAGGCAGAUGAGAAACCUGACAAAGAAGCAGAUGGCAAAGAUAUCAAGAAGAAAGAACUGAAGCAGGACAAGUUUGAUGAGUUACUGAGAGAAAAAGACAAGAAGAAAAAGGAGGAAAAAUGCCCAAAACAGGAAGAACCAAACAAAGAGAAGGAAAAGGAGAAGGAGAAAGAGAAGAAGGAGGAUGUAAAUAUUGUGAAGAAAUCUGAUGAAAGCAAGCCACCAAAAAGUGAAGACAAGGAAGUAAAAGAAGAAAAGCCUGUAGUCAGUGACUCAGAAAAGAAAAAGGAGAAUAAGAAAAAUGAGGAAAUGAAACCAAAGGAAAAGAAAAAGGAGGAUGAAAAGGCAAAUUCCAAGAAGAAGGCAGAGGAGGAUGAAGAAAGAGCCAGUAAGAAGAAGAAAACAGAGGAGGAGGAAGAAAAAAAUAUCAAAAGCAAGCCAUCUGAGGAGCAGAAACCAGCAGUGAAGAAACCGGCUGAAGAAGAAGGCAAAGAAGUUGACUCAGAGUCUGAUAAAAAGAAAACUAAGAGCCAAAAGAAGGAACAGGAAGAGGAUUCCCAGGAUGGCCAAGAAAGCAAGGAUUGGGUGAGUGAAGUGGAAAGGAUCUUUGUCAGAAGUACAAAGCGCAAAGUAUCAGGAGGAGAUUUUGCUGGAUCGUCAUCCCCAUUAAUAACUGAAUCUGCACCAAACUCUCCUGCUUCAACCCAUUAUGGGGAUGAUCCUGAACAUGAACGAUCAUACAGAUCUUGGAAAAAACCCAUCAUGAUUUUGUGGAAUGAAAUUGCUGCACACAAGUUUGCAUCCUUAUUUUUACGACCUAUUACUGAUGACCAAGCUCCAGGAUAUCACUCAGUGGUGUACAGGCCAAUGGAUCUUCAAACAAUCAAGAGGAACAUAGAAAGUGGAGUAAUAAGAAAUACGGCUGAAUUCCAACGUGACAUGAUGCUGAUGUUCCUGAAUGCAAAAAUGUACAACACCAGUGACCAUAACGUUUAUCAUAUGGCUCACCAGAUGAUGAAAGAUACAGUUAGCACCAUAGAGGAAUUCUUGAAUACACAAAUGCUGGCCCGAGCAGAAGAGACCCCUCAGAAAUCCCUAAGGCGGGAAACUCGUGAGUCCUCAGCGAAGAGAAGUGAUGAUGAUCCAAAGAGGAAAUCGAGAGACAGCCUUGAUGAGAAAAGUUUGAAGAAAAGAAGACUGUAAUUUUCUUCUUUUUUACUCUUGGUGGUUAAUGUAAUUUUUCUUCAUUUUGUAUCAUUAGUGGAUAGUUUCAAAUAGUGCAGUUGGUUAUUCUUCAUCAAGGAAACACUAAAAUUGUCUGUAAUUUUAUAAAAUAAAUAUAUGAAAAGACAA